AUGGAUCAGUGUGAUACCUACAAACGUAGCCCCACGCAUAUGGAUCAGUGUGAUACCUAUCGACUCACGUGGCCCCACGCGUAUGGAUCAAAGGAAAAUGGUGGAAGCUCAAAUGGUGGAACCUCUAAUGGUGGAACCUUAAAUGGUGAAACCUCUAAUGGUGAAACCUCUAAUGGUGGAACCUUUAAUGGUGGAACCUCUAAUGGUGGAACCUCUAAUGGUGAAACCUCUAAUGGUGGAACCUCUAAUAAUGGAACCUCUAAUGGUGGAACCUCUAAUGGUGAAACCUCUAAUGGUGGAACCUCGAAUGGUGGAACCUCUAAUGGUGAAAGCUCUAAUGGUGGAACCUCUAAUGGUGGAGCCUCCAAUGGUGGAACCUCUAAUGGUGGAACCUCUAAUGGUGGAACCUUUAAUGGUGGAACCUCAAAUGGUGGAACCUCGAAUGGCGAAACCUCAAAUGGUGGAACUUCUAAUGGUGGAACCUCUAAUGGUGAAACCUCUAAUGGUGGAACCUCAAAUGGUGGAAUCUCAAAUGGUGGAACCUUAAAUGGUGAAACCUCUUAUGGUGGAACCUCUAAUGGUGGAACCUCUAAUGUUGGAACCUCUAAUGGUGGAACCUCAAAUGGUGGAACCUCUAAUGGUGGAACCUCUAAUGGUGGAACCUCUAAUGGCGAAACCUCAAAUGGUGGAACCUCUAAUGGUGAACCUCAAAUGGUGGAACCUCUAAUGGUGGAACCUCUAAUGGUGGAGCCUCCAAUGGUGGAACCUCUAAUGGUGGAACCUCUAAUGGUGGAACUUCUAAUGGUGGAACCUCUAAUGGUGGAAUCUCAAAUGGUGGAAGCUCUAAUGGUGGAAGCUCUAAUGGUGGAACCUCAAAUGGUGGAACCUCUAAUGGUGGAACCUCUAAUGGUGGAACCUCAAAGGGACACCCUUUUCUAAUCGGGAAGAAGGAGGUUGACAAGGCUCAAAGGUACAGUACUUUGUUCCAGG